AUGAAAUUCGGUGGCAACAUGUAUACGGCACUCCGAUCAUCGAAGCUUCUCUAUCGCUCUUCCUCUUCCCAUCUUCUCUCCGCUAAGUUCCUCAUGCAAACUCCUUUCACUCGCAAGAUGAGCGUAGAUGCCCGGAGUAUUGCUUCCCAGCUUAACAGUUCUGGGCUGUUGAGAACCCAGGGCCUCAUUGGAGGGAAAUGGAGGGAUGCUUAUGAUGGGAAAACCACAAAGGUAUAUAAUCCAGCAACUGGUGAAUCUAUUGCAGAUGUAGCAUGCAUGGGUGGAAGGGAAACAAAUGAUGCAAUUUCCUCUGCUUUUGAUGCUUUUAAAUCAUGGAGUAAAAUCACUGCUGCUGAGCGAAGCAAAUAUCUGAGGAAAUGGUAUGAUUUACUUAUGCAACAUCAAGAAAAGUUAGCACAACUUAUUACCUUGGAGCAAGGAAAGCCUCUUAAAGAGUCUAUGGGUGAGAUAAGUUACGGUGCUGCCUUUAUUGAGUUUGCAUCAGAGGAGGCAAAGCGUAUAUAUGGGGAUAUAAUUCCUGCACCUAUAACGGAUCGGCGGUUAUUUGUUUUAAAGCAGCCUGUAGGGGUUGUAGGUGCAAUUGCACCAUGGAACUUUCCCCUUGCUAUGAUUACCCGAAAGGUUGGUCCAGCCCUUGCAUGUGGGUGUACAGUGGUCAUAAAGCCCUCUGAACUUACGCCUCUGACUGCUUUAGCUGCAGCAGAACUUUCUAUUCAAGCUGGAAUACCUGCGGGUGUUGUGAAUGUGGUUAUGGGAAAUGCUCCCGAUAUUGGAGACGCCUUGCUAGCAAGUCAACAGGUUAGGAAGAUUACAUUCACUGGCUCAACGGCUGUUGGAAAGAAAUUGAUGGCAGGUUCUGCCGAGACGGUUAAAAAAGUAUCUCUGGAACUUGGUGGCAAUGCGCCUUGCAUAGUUUUUGAUGAUGCUGACCUGGAUGUUGCAGUGAAAGGAACACUUGCAGCAAAGUUUCGUAAUAGCGGACAAACAUGUGUUUGUGCAAAUAGAAUUCUUGUGCAAGAAGGUAUAUAUGACAAGUUUGCAAAUGCAUUGCUUGAUGCUGUUCAGAGUAUGAAAGUUGGAGAUGGUUUUAAUGAAGGUGUAGUUCAGGGCCCUCUGAUAAAUGAAGCUGCUGUCAAAAAGGUUGACUCCAUGAUUCAUGAUGCUACAUCAAAGGGGGCAAAAGUUAUUCUUGGGGGUAAAAGGCAUAGCCUUGGAUCAACUUUUUAUGAACCAACAAUCAUCACUGAUGUCAACAAUGAGAUGCGUAUAUCAAGAGAGGAAGCAUUUGGACCUGUUGCACCCCUUUUGAGAUUCAAAACUGAAGAGGAUGCCAUCAAAAUUGCUAACGACACUAAUGCAGGCUUGGGUUCAUACGUAUUUACAAACAGUAUCCAACGAUCAUGGCGGGUGGCUGAAGCUCUUGAGUAUGGACUUGUAGGUAUUAAUGAAGGAGUAAUUUCAACAGAGGUGGCUCCAUUUGGUGGAGUUAAACAGUCGGGUCUCGGAAGAGAAGGUUCCAAAUAUGGGAUGGAUGAAUAUUUGGAGAUCAAGUAUGUCUGCUUGGGAAACAUGAACAAAGAUUGA